AUGAAAGCCAAUUCAAUUUCAGAAACUACGGAUGUACUUUUCUAUUUUCAAGGCUUACAUGCUGUUAAUGAUAUUGCAACAAACAAAUAUCCACCAGCAGCAGUGGCGGAUCAUUUGACAUCAUAUGGUGGAAUGCUCACCGAUUCAUCUCAGAUGUCUGUUCUAAAAUUUAUUGCUGGCGGUGCUUAUGAUACAACAUUACACCAAAGGUGUAUUCGUUGGAGAACCAUUGGCUAA